AUGCACCAUCAGCCAUUGGUGCACAGAGAGGCGGGUAGGCGCGAUGGAGCCAAAAGCCAAUUGAGCCGCGACGGCGUCAAAUGGGCGACGCCCAGGCGAACAACACGGCACAGGAAGGAGCUGUGCCUUCCCUGUUCUCUGGACCUUGAAAACGAGUUUUGGGGUGUUUGCACGUGCACGUGGACGCUUCUGGCAACAUGUGCUGGCACGCACUGCCGCACGAUCAGUGGCCCUGAGCGGCCCCGUGACGUAUUCCUUCCUCUUCCGGCCAACGUUCGGCUCGAGCGUCAGGAGACUGACGAGAGCGCCAAAGUGGACGAAAUCCCGACAGAAAAGUAA